AUGAAGUUUUAUGAAGGUAAACGGGUAAAGAUAGAUGUAAUUGGCACAGAAUUCUUGGUUUUUGAAUCUGAAGGUAAGGGAAUAUGUUUUAUCUAUAUGUUUCUUAGAUUGUGAUGUUCUACUGGAAGAAUUACGGGUUGUUGGAAGUCUUCUAAACGAAACAAAGAUAUCUGAAGAUGCUCCCGGCCCUAUAUCUUUAUUGCCUGAGCAAGUACAGGUUUUAGCUGAAGCUGGUAAGUUAUAAAACAUUUAUUUGUGUUAGAUUUUAUGCAUUCACAGAUAGAAGUUUUUAAAUCUAUUUUAGGUAUGGUGAUUUUACGAAGAAUCAAGACAUUUGAUGGAGCUAAACAAGAUGAACCCUCUACCAGCAAAGUAGCGGUUGAUCAGGAAGAAGAAGUAAGUGUCGUUUUGUUUAAUAAUUGUAGUUUAGGAUCUUCUUAGAACAAAAGCAGUUGAAAUCGCUAAAAGAAAGGAGCUGAAGAAUCGAAAGAGGAAAGUCUUGGGAGAUAAUGUAGCUGCCAAAGUGUUGAGGUUAAAGAAAUCGGACGAAAAAGGAAUAGACGAAAUAGAGGUUGACAAUACUGAAGUGGAAAAAGUUUUGCUUCAGCUAAAACAACGACUUGGGUCAAAAGACGAGUUUAUGGUUACAUAUUAUAGUAAGUAUUGCUUAGAACUUUGUUGGUGGAAAUAAAAAGACUUUUUUACAAGAUACAUUUGAACAUAAUAACAUUGAUUAACGAAAUGUUUUUAGAUAGUCCAGAUGAAACAUACGAAGAACUUACUAUAGACGACUUACCGUUACCAUGUGAUCUUGAGUAUAGAUGUAAAGUUACAGUAUUCCAAGAUUUAUGGAGAAAAGGCUUCUAUCUAACGUCGGGAGAAAAGUUUGGUUGUGAUUAUCUGGCGUACGAGAAGAAGCCAGGAGAAGAACAUUCCAAAUUUAUGGUUUAUUGUAAGCGGACGGAGGAAAACAUAUUACCCAUGGAUAUCUUGUCUCUCUCGCGGGUUGCUAAUCAAGUCAAGAAGGUAGUGUUGUUAGCUGUUGUUUCUGAAACGUCUGUUGCGCCAUCGUAUGUUGAAAUGAAUUGGUGGAAAGGAGAUGAAUAA